UCACAAAAUUCACGACGCCGAAAGUAAAUUUUAUCUAUUUAUAACUUGUGGAAUGCUAAUUGCCUAUCGUUAUUAGCAGCUAAAACAGUUUGUUUUUGUUCUUUUAACCAUACAUUAAAAUUUACUGACCCAUAUUUCAAAAUGUUGGGUUCGGGUGACGGUAGCCACAUUAUCAAACUACGGGGUUUGCCUUUCUCUACGACUAUUGAAGAUGUCCUCGACUUUUUAAACGGCGUAAAUGUUUUGAAUGAAAAAGAUGGUGUUCAUUUGACUGAAGUACGUCCUGGUAGGCCAUCAGGAGAAUGUUUUGUCGAGGUGCAAAGUCAAGAAGACGUUGAGGAGGCUUUGAAAAAAGACAAGGAAAAUAUGGGGAAAAGAUACAUUGAAGUAUUUUCGACUGAUCGUCAAGACAUGGAAUGGGCUUUGAAUGCAAUGCGUCAAAGUGAAAAUGGUUUUGAUAGUAUACCCAAUGUUACUGAUGAUGUAGGUGUUGUUAAACUGAGGGGCUUGCCUUUCGGUUGUUCUAAAGAAGAAAUUGUGCAGUUCUUUAGUGGGCUGACGGUGGCCCCUGACUGGGUGCACUUGCUCUCCGACCACACGGGGCGGGCCUCGGGCGAGGCGUUUGUAUACUUCGUUGACAAGCAGAGCGCUCAAGACGCUCUCAACAGGGACAGGGAGAAAAUAGGACACAGAUACAUAGAGGUGUUCAUGAGCUCUGCGGACGAGAUGCGAGCGUACCGUUCGCGUAUGGAGAGCGGUGGCGGGUUCAAAUCCUCGAGAGGCUACCGACCCACGCCAUACGAUAGGAAUGAUAGAUAUGGAAGCCGUUUCGGAAGCAGGGGAAGGGGAAGCUCGUACGGACGAGAUCCGUCUCACGUUACAGGCGGCAGCGGUGGUAGCAGUAGUGGUGGUGGGAGUGGUUACUCUCGCGGCAGUGGCCGUCGCGGCGGCAGCUACUGCGUGCACAUGCGCGGACUGCCUUUCAAGGCCACGCCGCAGGACAUCGCUUACUUCUUCAAACCUAUUCGACCCAUGAAUAUAAACAUUCUAUAUGACAACAGCGGCCGACCGUCCGGUGAAGCGGAUGUUGAAUUUGAAUGUCACGAAGAUGCUAUGAGAGCGAUGAGACGAGACAAGAACAACAUGGACCACCGUUACAUUGAGCUGUUCCUCAACUCAUCCCCAGGAAGCAGCUUCAAGCCCACGAGAACGUUCCGGAACUAUUGAUCAAGCCACCCUUCGCCGAAAGACUAGAAGAUAGGAUCCGGUAUAAUUUGGCAAGAAAGAAAAUGUACUUCUUACUUUGGGAAUGGUUGGAAUUAUUAUGAAAAUAUUUGGUUAUAAUAUAUAUUUGUUUUAUAACUUGAAACCACCCAUCCGUUUUGAGUUUUGUUGUUAUAAUAAAACAGGGUCGUCAUUAUGCACUUUAUUUCAUAAAAUUGGUAUAUUUGCAAAUUUUAUAAGACAAAUUAUCGCUGUAAAUAAGCCUUUUUGUAACCGCUAUAGAUUCAUAUUUUUUAUUGAAAUAUAAAAAAAAAAUACAAAAAAUUGGUUUUCAAGUUUAAAAAUGUUAUAAGGAUAAUAGAAUAACAUUCAUGUUCGAAGUAAAAGUAAUUCAGAUCUUGAAAAAAUUUAUAGUUCCACUUGUAUUAAAUAUGUGUAUGAAAUGCCUUAAGUUAAUUAGUGACUUCACUGAAAAUGAAUAAAUAUUAUAAAGAUUGCAACUAAUUGAUCUGCAAUUGCUGUUAUCGGAGAUGAUUUAAAUCUUCCUUGAUAUUUCUCAUUUGUCAAUUUUAAAUAGCAUUAUUAUUUAUAGAAAUAGUUAUUAUUAUUGUAAGUAUAUGUACAUUCUUACUGAAAAAUGUUGUUCAACGGUUGAAUAGUUUCAAUGAUUUGUCUCUAUCCAUCUUCAAUAAUCUAGUAUUUGAAAGAAAAAGACGAAACAUUAUUAACUAAUCCAAAAUCGUUAUACAAUGUUUUUUAGCAAGGAAUGUAUACGUUGUGAAAUUAAAAUUUUAAUAUAACACAGAUAGAAUUUGACUUUAGGUUAAAACGGAUUAGUCGUAAAGUUACAAUUGAUAUGAAAUCCUAGUACAUAAUAUGUUUAAGACCUUAGGUUUGAGAUUUUGAUAAUAAAGAAAUAUGUUGAAAUAUUUUCUGUAAUGCAAAUGCAUGUAACUCUGUAGUUACUUAUUAACUUUUUUCAGCAAUUUAUAGAUAGAAAAGUUGUUUGUAUCUAUUGUUGUGAGCCGCAACAGUUUAAAAAAAAUUGGAGAGGUAUGAAUCUAAAGAUAUGUAGGAAAUUCUUUUAAUACAUUAUUCAUGUAUAAAAUUAAUUAAGAAGUUGUUAUUAAUUGAUGUAUUAAACAUUUGAAAAAUUAAAGCAUAGGGAUCUUGAAAUAUAUGAUAAUAUAAUUAUUUUUUCAUACACGUUUGGUGUACGAAUAUCUCGAAUUUUAUUGAAAGAGUUUUCCCUCCAAGACAUGUUUUUUUUUUUUUUAUUGAUCUUGACAAAGGUCAGUGUGCGUUGUGUAAAGGAAUGGGGUCCAAAAUUGUUUUUGUACAAAAUUUUUACCAUUUUGGAUUGAUUUAAAAAUUUUCAUGAGUAAUAUUGCUUUGUAAUUCGCACAAAGUAACCAUCGCCUUUUGUUUAAUAUUUUUUAUGUAUAAAAUAAUAUUCAGUUUUUUUUUAUGAAUUCUUCUUUAAUUGUGAAUUAUUUAAAACUAAAGUAUUAUAUAGAAAUAACCUUAUCAAAUUUCUACGAUUUCAAUACAAUAAGUACAAAGAUGAAAACUAUAGUCAUGGCAUAUGGCAUAAAGGCUUAUACAAAAUUAAAAAAAUUUAAUACUAUUUAACUAAAGUUAUAUUAAUACUUUAUGCUUAUUUGUAAGAUAAUAUAGAAAAAAUAGUAAUUCUUUGAAAAUGAAUUGGUAGUAGUUGUUCGUAAUAGAUUAUCUUGAAAAAAUAUUUUGCACGUUUUAACGGUUUUAGUUUAGGUUUAGUGACAUUUGUUUUAAAACUAACCUUAACGAACGAACCCAAGAGAAAAAGGCCAAUUAAUAUAUAUUUUUUAUCAUUAUUUCUCUCCUUAUUAUAGUGUAUGAAGCCGUUUAUUUCCGUUAUUGUAAUGUACCGAACAUUGAAAGAUAUCGUGAAAAUAAUUGAAGCAAUAGAAAAUUAUAAGAGCUCUCCAAAAGCUCUCCAUUUUGUUUUGUAAACAUCUCUCUUCCCAUAAGUACACAUUUUAUAAAUAUACUAUAAUACAAUAUAAAAGUAAAUGACGUAUUGAAAAUAAAUAUAUUUAAAAUAUUACUAUUUAAGUUUUAAAAAUUAAAUUGAGAGAAAUUGACUCGUACGAAUUGUAUUGAAAUCCCAACAAGCAGGUCUUGUUAAAAUAAAUGAUGUAAUUCAAAUGGACUGUGUUCUUUGAAUAUUAUAAGGCGGUGGUUAAAAAAUAUGGAUAGAUAGUGUUUAAGACCGUAUUACUAUCAUAUAAUAGUUAUAAACAUAUGCUUGUAAGUUCUGAUCAACAUAUUUUAUAUGUUUAGUUAACGACACAUAUAUAAAUAUAUAGUUUAUUUAAAAUGAAUGUUGUACACAAACUGUAAACAAAGUGUCAUGAACAAAAUUAGCUCUUUAUAAUGUAUUAUAUAAAUGCAGGAUCAUACGCACAAUUCGCCAGUUGGAAAUUAAAAGAUUUAAUUUUAUAUUUUCUUAUGUACCUAUGUUCGCUAUUAUACAAUUGUUGAUAUGCUAUAUAACGUUUCUAAAUUAUGUUGGAUCGCUUGGAGAAUAUGCUUCUGACAGGCCUGAGAUUGAAAUUUCGAUGUAACAUUGCAAUUGAGUUUGCAUUCUUUAUUUAUACUAGGCGGUAGGCCUUUGUUCGAGCCCGUCUGGGUUGGUCCAACCCAUUAAUCACAUAUUCUACCGCCAAGCAGCAGUGCUAAAAAUUGUUGUGUUCCGGCUUGAAGAGUGAGAAAGCCAGUGUAAUUACAGAUACAAGGGGUAUGAUAUCUUUGUUUUAAAGGUUAGUGGCACAUUACUGAUGUAGGGGGAGGACCACUUACCGUCAGGGGACUCCUCUGCGAGUCUACCUACCUCUUUUAAAUAAAUAAUAAAUAUUGUAUUUGAUUUUUUUCUUAAUUCAAUUUCGAUUCUCGAUUUGGCGAAUGUUAGUAUGUAUGUAUGACGAACGUAGUUGUUAAAAUAAUGAAAUAUUUUUCGGACGUUAUAUUGUCUCGCCAUACUUUGUUUACACGUUUGGUGUAGUGAAUACAACGACAGCUAAAACUUGUUACAUUUUGUUCUCUUAGGUCGUACUGGACGUAGACACUUUUUACUUUAAUAAAUAUUGUAACAAUUU